AUGGAAAACAGGAAGAUUAGCAUGAUAAGUGAGUUGGCUCUCUCACUAGACGACUAUACCAUUAAGGUCCGUGUCAUCUGUCUGUGGAAACAAACUUCAUGGAAUCAACAAAUUCGUAUGAUUGGCAUGAUAUUGAUGGAUGAAAUGGGCUCAAAAAUUGAAUGUAAUGUGGACAAACCAUUUGCAUCGCUUCAAGGAAAAUCUUUUGAAGAAUAUGGUGAUUUCUACAUUCAUAAACCCACAUUAGGGUUAAAUGAAGGUGUUAUAAAAGGACGCGAAGUUUUUGUUACUCUAUGGGGAAGGUAUGCUGACGAAAUUAAUGCAUAUGUCUCUAAGCAUACUGGUCAUUUUGUUUUGCUUAUUCAAUGUGCUAAGUUGAAGCUUGUCCGAGAUCGUCCUUAUGUCAAUAACACCUACAUGGCCACAAAACAUUAUAUUGAAGAUGACAUUGAGGAGAUAACCACAUUCAAAAAAAGUUUACAAGCAAAAAAAAGCUCUUUCACUUCUUCGGUUUCACGUAACUCGGGAUCAUCCAUCAUGUAUUCACUACAUGAUGACUUUCUUCAAAAAAACUCUUUUCACCAAAUAUCCGCUAUUCACGAAUUAGACGAGGGAGGUUGUGCAGUAAUUCUUGGCACAAUAAAGAUGUUUGAAGAUAAACGGAAUUGGUAUUAUAAUGCUUGCAAAAAUUGCAAGUCAAAGGUUGAAAUAGUUAAGGUUUCAGAUGAGACAGUCAGUGACUUAGAUCAUUUACAAGAGAAAGAGAUUAUGGUGUGUACGAAUGAAAAGUGCAAGGACAAAGUUGUUACUGCUCAACCAAGUUUUAUGAUCAAAGUUCGAGUUCAAGGUUUAGUUGGUGUUGUCAGUCUUACGAUCUUUGAUUGUGAAGUCAGAAAUAUUCUGAAAUUAUCUGCUGCUGAUUUAUUAUCAAAAUAUGAAAGGUUCGGCAAUACAAGUGAGUUUCCUAUUGAGUUGAAUGCCAUGAUCAACAAAAAAUUGGCUUUCAAGAUUGUUGUCAAAACAUUUAAUUUUUCAAGAUUUGGUCGUUCUUACAACAUUUCCAAAAUAACGAAUAAUGUUGACAUUAUUUCUGCUUUGGAGAAGAUUGAGAAAAAGAGUAGGAUUGAACAGGACAUGGAUACUGAAUCUGUUAAUAUAAUUGGCUCAGAAUUUGCAUCUCAAGAAACAGUUGGUUGUAAGGAUGCUACUUCCCACACUGCUGAUAAUACUCCUAUGUCGAAUAUUCCCUCUGGCAUUUGUACAAGUCCAUCAUCAAGAACAGCCAACAAUCUCAAUUCACCACCUACAAGUGCCAAACGUAAACUUGUAGAUGUUUACGAUCUUGAUGAUGACGUUUAUGAAUCAGCAACCAAACCUAAUGCACCCCGUAUUGGAGAUGAAAAAGUUGGUGGAACAACAAAAUUGUUGAUUCCUAAAGUUGAAAAGUGA